GCGGUGACAGUUCGAUUUUGGACAUUUGCGUGGUUAGGUAUCGACGCGUGCGACGCUAGACACGUCAAAUACGGCGAUUGCUGUUUUUAUUUAUCUCUUCGUUUUUAAUUUAUUUGGAAAGAUUUAAUUUUGUGUGAGAACUGGGAGAUUGUUCAUGUGACGAUAUUGUAAAGUUUGAUUUUAUUUGUUUCGAAUUCGUCAAGUGGUUGUUGGUGAAAGUGUGGGUGUUCUUUUAUGGUAAACAAAAACAUAUUCUAGGGUUUUCGGAUCAUUUUAGUGGUGGUGGAUCGUUGAGCUGUCUCGUGGUCGAGUCCGAUGGAGGCUGCUACUCAGCAAUGCCUCCGACAGCCAUGAGGCUCGAGAGCCCUCCUUGCAACAAUAAUAACAACGCAUCUGGAGCAGAACUUGAACUUCUCGCCAAACUGGAGGAAGCAAACCGUCUUUACGAGUCCGACGCCAAGUCCCUCAAUUCGCUGAGCGGGGCGUCGGGGCACUCGAGGAAAAGUUCCGACACUUCGCAGAUAUCGCUAACCUCGGGCACGAGCUCCACGCAAGAUCGAGCUGAGGAUUGCGGUGAGGAGGAUUUGUGGACCACUUGGGGGCGUAUUGUCAAUGAUUGGGAGAAUAAUUGGAAGAAGCAGAAUGCUCAAAUCAGGGAAUUGGUGCGGAAGGGCAUUCCGUUACAUUUCAGGGCGAUAGUAUGGCAAUUGCUGUGCAGUGCAGCUGAAGCUCCUGAAAAGAAACUCUACGCCGAAUAUAUCAAGACAAAAUCUCCGUGUGAAAAAGUCAUCCGUCGCGACAUCGCCCGCACUUACCCCGAGCACGACUUCUUCAAAGAAAAAGAUGGUCUUGGCCAAGAAUCUCUCUUCAACGUCAUCAAAGCCUACUCCCUACACGAUCGGGAAGUGGGUUAUUGCCAGGGAUCGGGUUUUAUCGUCGGACUUUUACUUAUGCAAAUGCCAGAAGAGGAAGCUUUCGCUGUGCUCGUUAAAAUUAUGCAAGAUUACCGCAUGCGUGACAUGUUUAAACCGAGUAUGGCAGAAUUGGGCCUUUGUAUGUACCAGCUCGAGAACCUUGUCGCUGAAUAUUUGCCAGACCUCAACCAACAUUUCCAGUCACAGAAUUUCCACACUUCGAUGUAUGCUUCCAGUUGGUUUCUGACACUGUUUACCACCGCUUUGUCUCUACCGCUAGCGUGCAGGAUCAUGGAUGUCUUUUUAUCAGAGGGAAUGGAGAUCAUUUUCAAAGUGGCACUUGCCAUGUUGACGUUGGGCAAAGACGAACUCAUGUCGCUCGAUAUGGAAGGAAUGUUGAAGUUUUUCCAAAAAGAGCUUCCCGUCAAAGCCGAAGCUGACCCGGAAAACCUUAUGCAAGUAGCCUACAAUAUGAAAUACAAUGCCAAGAAAAUGAAAAAAUUGGAAAAAGAAUACAAUGUGAUAAAAACAAAGGAACAAGAGGAAAUGGCUGAAUUGAAACGCUUGAGAACCGAAAACAAGCAGCUGAAACAUCGCUGCGAAAUGUUGGAAGAAGAAAGUAAGGCUCUAGCUGAUCGUUUGGUCCGUGGCCAAGUCAGCAGAGCCGAAGAAGAAGAAACUACUUUUGUAGUUCAACGCGAAUUGGACGCUUUAAGACACACUCAUUUGGAAACGACACACCAAUUAGCUUUAGCGAACGAAAAAAUUAGGUCAUUGUCUUUGAUGAUGGAAGAAACUCACACUUCGAGACAAUCUUCCAUCGACGAAAUUUCCCUCAAACAAGAGCAACUGCAACAAAGGGAAGAAAUGAUCGAAUGCCUCCAAGAAGAACUGGUCAAAGUGCGAUUACGUGAAGCUGAAAACGACGCUUUAAUUCGCGACUUAAGAGCCAGAAUACACGAGUUGGAAGAAGAUAAAAAAACACUCCGUGAAAUAACACCAGACAAUAGUGUUGCCCACCUCCAGGAAGAACUGAUCGCUGUGAAGCUGCGCGAAGCUGAAGCUAACCUCUCUUUGAAGGAUUUGCGCCAAAGAGUGUCAGAACUUAGCAAUCAGUGGCAGCGCCACCUCCAGGAGCACAAACAGGAGCCGACUGCCUCCGGGGAACCACACAGCACUCCCAAGAAACUCCUCUUCUGGGAGAACCGAAACAAUGAGACGCAGAAGUUGGAGGACGAGCUUAUGACCACUAGGAUACGAGAAAUGGAGACUUUGACUGAAGUGAAGGAGUUGAGGCUUAAGGUGAUGGAGCUUGAGACUCAGGUGCAGGUCAGUACGAAUCAGUUGAGACGCCAGGAUGAGGAAAUUAAGAAGCAGAGAGAUGAGUUGGAGAAGGCUGAGUUGAGGGAUCGGGAAGCUGCGGCUCGUUUGUUGGAGGAGCAUCGCCGGUAUUCGGAUCUUGAGAGUAAAAUGCAAGAUGAGUUGAUGAAGGCGAGGAUUAGCGAUGCGGAGAAAACGCAAGCUAUUGCCGAGCUCACGCAAAAGAUCAGCCAGCUGGAGUUGAAGAGCCAGGAAAUUGCCACCGAAGGCGAGCUUCGAAUCCAGUCGGUCGACGAUAGCGAUCGAGUUAGAGAAUUGCAAGAUAAAGUGGCUGAUCUUCAAGCCGAGGUCAUGAGAUUGGAAUCGUUCAAGAGACGAAUAAUUGCCGGGGGUGGUCGUCUGCCGUCGGAGAGGUCUUGUUCCAUCGACAGCACCGACGACGAUCCCAAGAUCAGAUUGGACGAUCCUUCCCUGAGAUUAAACUUAGUCGAGUCUCCUACCUCCAAAUCCGAGCUUACUUUUAGCGACAUGUGUCAAAAUCCUACUCUAAAAAACGACAACAAAGUAGAUCUAGAUCCCAACAUGAAUACGCACACCACUAUAGAUGCUCACGAAGAGAAGUGUGCCCCAAAGGUCUGACAACACGACUGAAAUUUUAGGAAUAAGAUUUUGUAGUAUUUUUUGCCUAUAUAUACUUUUCCAAUGGUCAAUAUAACGGGAUUUGUCAUUAUAGAGUACAUACUACAAACGAAUAGGAAAUUUGGUGCAUUUAAGUAAGUCUAGGUCGUCAUAAUUUAUUGUUUAUUUUGUAUUAAUAUAUUUUUAGAUUUAUGUACUUAACCGAUUCUAGUGUGGAAAUUUCGUGUAUUUUGUUAAUGUCUGGUAUGUAAUUUAAUAUAGGGUAGAAUGUUCUUGGGAAUUCAACCAAGAGUAACUUAUGAAUUAGUGAGACAACUAGGAGAUGUUAGAUUAGAUUUUCUAAUAUUCUAUCUGUGUUACAAUGGUAGUAUUAAAUUGAGAGGGCUGUUUGUUUAUACUAAGAAUAUUUUGCUGCGCAAAGUCGUUGAAACAGUAUUUUUCUUUAGAAGUGGACAAGUUGAUGAACCAAUCAACGGUGCUAUUUUUAUCAGUUGCAAUAAUUCAAAAAACAUUCCAAACGUUAAACAUCGAAAGUUUUAUUUUUAGAUAGAAAUUAAUAAAUACUCUUAGAGAAACAUAUUGCACAUUUAUUUGUUUUUUAUUUUUAUAACAUUUUCCUUAACUUAUUAAUAUUUUCCCUGAAGGACAGCAAUAAAAAUCGAUGUUGCAAUAUGUAUAAAACCAAUUUAUGUAUUGUUUUGCUUUUUAAAUAUAUUUGUAUCAAGGA